CUUAUUGAAUAACGGCACAGAAGUCUAAAGAUGGUAUAUUUUCCUAUAGAUAGCAUUUAAAACUUGUAACCACGUAUCUGCAGUUCAACAUUGAUAUUUCAUAGAUAUGAUCCUGGACAACUUCUCUAUAUCACUAAACAAGACACUUUUCCCGCAAAGCCUAUGAAUUCAUUUCAUCCCAUGAUGACGUCAAAUCGUUCUUCCAUCCUGUCGUUUCUCUCAUCCAUGAAGUGUCAUUCACCAAACAUGAAUAGCCUUAAAAUGUUAACCGAACGCGCUAGGACAAAACUGUACAGGAAACACUCUCCUAAUCAUAAGCGUCAUUAUUUCAGAGGUCAAGUUUAGUCUCAUCAGAUGAUUCUAAAGUUUUGUCUUAAUAGUUUUACAGACUAACAAAGUAAAAAAUUUAUGAAAUUCGUUUGACAUAUUUCUAUAUAUAGAGAUAUAUCGAAAAAUCAUUUACUCUGCAGUUUAUUUUUAAGCUUCAAGAACCUAAAGAGUUUAUCGAUUUCAAAGAUGUUACAGAAACAAAUGUGCUUCUUCGCUACUAUUGUAAGCUUAAGGUUGUUCUGAACGCUAGAAUAAUUGUUAGGAGUAGACAGCAUAGAGAAGAGAGACAUAUAGAAUCACAACGGUCCUUGAAAAAUUAUAUAUUGUAAACAAAAGCAUAAAAGUUUAUUUUUACGAAUUUGCAGCGUAAAUUGAAAACUGAAAAAUUCCUGAUAAAAGGGAGGUGUAAGGGGGGGGGGGCUAUAACCCGGAUUUAGCAAAAAUUAUCCGUCAGUAUCUCUAAUAGCCAAGAAAAGUAUUAGUACUUUCUUUUGAAGUGUGAUGAUCUUGCUCUCUUGCUUGUUGAUUCAUCCAAUAAAGAAGGCUUACAUGUUUUAAAACCUGGAAAUUGGUUGCCACGUGGUGUCCGUGUUCAGGCACUUAGAUAAGCAAAUGAAGUCGUUUUAAGCGAACACGCGUACUGACCCAACCUCAAUGACAUAGCCUGUUGACUUUUCCGUGCUGGGCAAGUGAUACACGGGCGGUAUUACCGAUAAGAUGUUAACCUUGACGGCGAUCUAAUCGUCUGACAGACACGUAAGAAGCUGCUAUGUAAACGUUGAUGGCCGCAACACAAUUGAAUCGCGCAUACGCCACGAUAAACUUCGGCGCAACAUUGGCAAAUAGAUGUAAUCCCCUUUGAUAAAUUCCUCAUAAUUUACAAAGCAAGCUAAACACAAGUAGGGCAUUGACUUUUGACGACGGUUUUGGAGUGAAAUCCUAAUUCCUUCACUGGCUAAAAAUUCAAUCAGACGAGGCGGGCCGUUUGAAAUAUAAUUUCAGCAAAUCAGUUACAAGAGCUAUGCAGUAAAUUUGUUUGAAUUAUCUGCUAGGCCGCAAGGUAAGUCGCCAGCGCGGGGACCACACGAGUCCGCUGCGUAGAAGUCAGCAUGCAGAAAUUCGACGUGUUGUUGUAACGAGGGCGCUGAAGAAGAAUCUUUAGCGAACCUGCGACUAGCAGACUGGUUACAGAACAGGUGUCAGCUUUAAGUCGGCGACUGUGUUUUUUUCUGUUAUAAGGUGUGUGCUCAUGUAGAAGUGAGUUCAUUGUAUUAACGGAUUAAACGCGGGCUGGCGAUCACAGCCCAGAGGAGUUAAAACGUUAAACGGCACGUUGUAACCAUUAAGACACAUUCAUCUGCAAUCUGUCAUUGUGACCGGGUGGAGAUGUCCAUCUUUCCAUAUAAUCGAAGCAUAGGACAGACGACAGCAAGCUUAAGUGCACCACCAAGACUUUCUCACAUGCCACCAUCUUUAACAGAGCGUCCCUCUAUGGUCGAGUUUAACGGAGCAGUUCAACCACAGCAAAUUCAUUCUACAGACACGUUCAACUUAGAUCAGGAGCCAAGUCAUCCGGCCAUGUACGAUCAGUAUAGCAAUCAUACAAGUAUGUACAAUCCUAAUGUUGGCUUGAGACAAACUACUGCAAUUUACCCACCAAACCCAGCCUUUAGUCUUCAUACGCAAAUAUAUACACCGUCAGAAAGAUUGCAUUCAUACACUGGAGAAGCACGGCAAGACCUUAACCCUUUCCCCAACUACAGGAAUAAUUUUUUCCAUCAGCUUACAAAUACGACAUUUCCACACCAAGGCUAUGCACAGUUAGGAAGUGAGAGACAAGAUGUUUGUCUGAACAAUAGAGAUGUUGGAAGAAACCUCCACAUGGGCCUCACGAAACAAAGUGAUCACUGUGUUACCACGACAACACCGACAAAAGCGAGAAAAGAGAGAACAGCAUUUACUAAGCAACAAAUCCGCGACCUCGAAAACGAGUUCACAAAAAAUAAUUAUCUCACGAGGCUACGUCGGUACGAGAUCGCAGUAACACUUAAUUUAACAGAAAGGCAAGUUAAGGUUUGGUUCCAAAAUAGACGGAUGAAAUGGAAACGAGUCAAAGGCGGUCGAGGGCGGGGUGCUCAGGGUGCUAAUAAUUUAAAGAAAGAAAAAACAGCGCAAAAUGGCAGAGAACAGUGCGAGCAAAUUAAAAAUGAAAAGCCAAAACCAAGCAAAACGAAAUUACAAGGUUAAUUCUUGCAUUUGAAAGAAUGGUUAGUAAAUUUAUUUGAUUGAACUUGGCCGAUCACAAAUUCAUAGCGGCAAUGCUCAAUAUUUCCCAUGAUGUGGAGUUUUCCGAAGCUUGUGAAUUUCAUGGAGCUCGAAAGGUGAAAUUUUAGAAAUGAUCUUUCGUCUUCAAGGACAAUGAACUCCUUAGGAACAAUGUUUGUUUUCGAAGAUUAUUUUGGCCAAUUUCUAGUUCUUGUUGUUGUUGUUGUAGUAAUGAGGCCGAACGAAGAAUCCGUACUUUAAAGAAUAACGUAUUUUAAACUGCCUACAGUAAAAGUUAAUAGAGAAAUUUUAGAAAAGGGUACGGAAAUGUACCUGCAAACAUUUCAUGCAAUAUUUUGUUUGAACCAAUGUUCUUCCAUUAAUUGGUUUAUAAUGGGAGACUCAAUAGGAGAAGUCUCCCAUUAUAGGGAAAUCUAGAAGUGACCGGCUUACAUCUGAUAUACCUUCCCCAACCAUUUUAAUUGUUUACUGAGAAAUUCAGCUUAUUUAGAAUGUCACAAAGGUAUAUGAACAACCUCGUAUACUAAGAAAUCGUAGCAAAGUUUUCGCACGGUUCCACCAGGCCUCUGUCACUGAAAGUCCCUCCCAAGAGAUUAAACAUUUGACAAGUUUUCAUGAUGUUUAAGCAAAGGCUAGUCUCUUUUGUUGAAACAGAAUUCGCACGAUCCUAAUUGUUUGCGAAAACAUUACGAGAGAUUAACUGUAUCACAAGACCUUUUAACAGAGCAUCACAUAAAACUGAACGGAAUUCGAAAAACUAAUGUAAAACUCGCAAAAAGUAACCACGCUAAUCCAAGACGUCCCCUUCUGUUUGGAUAGCAAUUAUAAGUAAAACCUAAUACAUCAAAUCUUUAACCUAGUUCACUUAGGAAACUCGAUCUCCUACUGUUGCCACUGUGUAUCGUAUUAUAGUUUAAACCAAUGGUCAAGACAAAUUAUUCUAAGCUUGCUCAUUAAUUUAAUGUCGCUAAGGGUAGAAAACCAUUCCCUGUCCAAGCUCUGACAGGUAUGACGUAGUAAUUUACUUGAGGUGGAUAUUCUCUAAGGAAUUGUUCUCUCCAAUAUCAUUUGAAAAAGAAGUUGAAAUCUGAGUUUAUAAGAAUAUUUGCCAGGAGGAAAAAAUGAACUUCUUACAGUUGUGAAUGACAACUUCAGGCUUGGAUGAUAUCUUUAAUAAGGGUGUGUCUUUAAGUUUAUAUGCCUAGCAUUAGGGUAACCCUAGUCUUGAGUCCAUCCUUCUUAUUCACGUUGACGUAUUUAAAACUAGCAAGGUUAGGUUACUUUUGUACUAGGAUAGCUCUAUCUAAGGAGUCGGGCUAAUCUAAUGCUAGGGUUGAGGUUUCAUCAAAUGAUAACCCUGCCACAAGGGUAGAGAUCCUAUUUGUGUUGAAGAUACUGAUUCUGAAUAGCAGGUGUGAUGGUCAAACGCCAUCACACUUGAAAAGAAAGUAUACUCGGCCGCAAGGGUUCCAUCAGGUAACGAAAUUUGCAUCAAAAUGCAAGCUAAAGUUUGCCCUUCUUUCAGGGAAUACCCUAGUAGUUGGGUGACCUUACCAUUAUGUAGCCAGGCUCUAUAUCGAUAUAUUUAACGUUUUCUUAAAGGUUUUCCUUUUACGAGUAUCUAGUCCUUGAAUGGUUUCACCAAAAAGCGAACAAAUAAGGAUCCAAUCUUGAUCAAUACUUUAUCUCUGGUCAUUGUUAAGCUUGUCAAUGGAAGCUUGAUAGUAGGUCCUGGACACGUUUUUCAUGUUGUUAUAGUUAUUUGUUGCCCUAGACACAAAUCAUACACUUGUGGUGUCUCAGGUGCUGUUAGAAUGCCAUAUAUGGCUACCUUGUAUUAAACCAUUGUUUUUUAUUAAACAUCACAAACAUUUCGAGGCAGUGACAAAUUGUCAAGCCACUCAUGAGAAGAUGAAAUAAAAUGCCCUUGCUUGAGAUAAAUUCCCCGAGCUUUUAAAAAAGUACCAGAAUGGGCUUUAAAUCACAUGUUUGGCGUAAAUGUGACUUGUUUUGCAAGUAAGAUGGCUGGGAAUUCUAAAUCCUACCAAACAUUUGCUGGUACCAGAUGCGGUUGAAAAACUGGUAGCUUUAAGAUGUGAAUUCCUUUUUAUGACACGCAAGGAUGCGGUGUUCUAACUUUAAUUAACUGAAACAAUACAACAACCUCAAUGUUGCUAGUCCUUUUCUCUCUUUGAUACUUUCGAAUAUUUCUACCGAUUGCUUCGAAUUUUUCAGCAUUUCCCCGCUUAUUUUUCUUUACACUUUGCAUUUUAUAUCAAUUAACUAUAAUUGCACCCAAGGUUGCCUUGCCCAAAUUGAUUCAUGUUUAGUUUUCUCGACUUGCAAUCCAAUAAAGCCAAAAAACUCUUCAAGAUUCAUAACUUCUAUUUUAUUCGAGGCAUGUGACGAUGAAAUUGUGACUUGUUUUGUGGAAGUUGAAGCCAGCCAUAAUUUUGUAAUUAUGUUGGUGCCACACGUUCUGCUGAAUGGCGAGAACCUGUUUAUCUGAAAUAAAAGUCAUAAGAUAGUUGAUCAACAACCUUUAGAAGAUACUGAAUUUAAACAAGGAACAAGAUUGUUUCGUAUCUCGAUCAAUUCUUGCAGAUAAAGGUCUCUGUAAUGAUUGCAAAUUUUCAGGAUAAGAAAAUAUGUGAUUGGAUUCCUUGUAGUUGCCUAAUUAUAACUCAUUCAAUUGUGACAGAAAGCCUGUUAGCGUUCUGUUUCACUACAACGGGUUAAACAAAAAAUAUACUUAUUGAGCCUGGGCGAUGUUAUUUCCCAUAAAAGAUUUCCAAAAACAUGGAUUUGUCUCUACCAGUGUUUGAUAGCAUCAUGUUUAAGUAUAAACCAAUUUAUGAGAAACUGGCUUUAAAGAUACUCGUAUGCAACAUUUACACUGAGCUAUAGUACCAAAACGUUACAUUCUUCAAGGUCUCUGUACUUAAAUGUUUACCCUAUAAUAUCUGAAACAUACUGUAUUUACAAACAAAUUACCAAAGAAAGGAUACUUUUAAACAAAGUUAUAUACUUAAUAGACCAAUUCCUCCAUAUAUCUUAUGUUUAUAAGAAAGCAUUUGUUAGGAGAUUUCAAUUAAUCUGUCUCAACAUGGGAACCAACCCACCUGGGCUGCACAUAUGCCAUGUGUGCCAAGUAUGUUUUCUGUUUGCCACAUAAUUUUAACAGUCAAAAUAGCUUUUUUAAAGUCUAAAAUGAUUGCUUUGAAAAUAUAAAUGGUUAAUUGUUAGUCCCUUGCAAAGUUGUAUUAUCUAUACAAUAUAAAACAAAACAAAAAUAUAGAAAAUUGCUUUGUUAUGAAGCAAGAACAAAAUGAAACUUGGACAAGUGUUUGUCAACUUUCUCAUCUCAUGCAAACUUUGCUGAAUUUUUCUAGAUAAAACAGCUUGUGAAUAACAUUUCUGACUAAUUUUGCCAAAACGUUAUAAAACUUCUUUAAAUUUAUGGUACUGAUUCACUGUGGCUUCCUUAGACAUUCUCGGCCUAGUUUCGCUAGAUUUAGCGUCUUUUAUCUAAACUGUCUAGCCUUGUUGGAAACAUUAAUUUCUCGUAUAUUUACUCUAUGAAAACAGUAACGAAUAUGAUUUGGCAAACACUGUUCAUUUUUGAUAGCUCUUGUAUGAUGUUUAUUGUAACUUAGCAACGUAGAAUUGUAUUGAGUAUGCUACGCUUUUCUCUUUAAGACAUCACUGCCCAAAGCCUAAAAAACCGGAAGCAUCAUUUUUCCUAGUCUGUUUUUUAUUCUAAUUAUAUCAUAGUUUCUGUAUCGUUCUCUCUUCGUUUUACUUCAGAAUUUUACAUAAAGCAUUAGAUAUUAAUUAAACGCAGUUGUGUAAAUCGAUCAAUGUAAAUUAUAACGUUGUAAAUAUUAUCGAGAAGAAUUGCUUUUAUUGUAACGAUGUCUUUUUAAAAGGCUAAUUGUUAUUGGUUAAGUUCAAUAAUUUCGUCAAAAAGCGUUCAUGUAAUGUUUUCAUUGGCCUUAAUCAACGUCAGUAUUUGAACACUUUCUGUUUUUUGUUUUUCAAGAAAAAAGUUCGUGUCACACGCUAAGCACGUGCGUAAACCGCGCGGAAUUGAGUUAUAGGUUACAAAUCUCCGCGCGGAUUAUAUCAGAAACAAAACUGUAUCAAAUUUUCCAAGCAUUUUAGACAUUUAAUCUCCAAACAAAAUGAAAACACUUCCUUUUGCAGGGUUAGACCAAGGUUUUUCACUUGAAUUCGUUGAAAUCCCAAAAAUAAGAAUUUAUUUUUAUGACUUCUAUGAUGUUUGAGUUUUGUAUCAACGAAAACGGCUACGCGCCCAUUUCAAUGCUGUUUGAAAUGAAUGUAAAGACUGGUUAGCGUGCAUGUUGCUGUUCGGAAGAAACAGAUAAUGCUUUAGUUGUCACUUCAUUACAAAAUUCAAUCUCCUUAAUGCUUUAUAUGCAACCUGAUAAAGAUUCUACUUGUACCAUGCAUACUAUGCAUAAAGCCACCAUAACUUCUACAUUUACACUUUGUUCCAUGCAAUACAAGCAACAGAAAUCCCAUGACGCAUUUAAGUUCACAAUUUCACUGGCAAUCUUAUCCAGCCUUCAGGCAUUCUUCUCAUGCUCUGCAUUUUCAAGCCCAAUGCCUUCAGAAGGCAUGUGUAUAGAGUCCAUCAAUUAAUAUAUGUUUGAUGAAAGAAUAGUUCCUCGCUUGAUUCAGAAAGGAUUGCUGAAUUCAACGUUGCAAUUUGAAGUAGUUGCUACUUUUGAAGGAGAUUAAUUCACGGGCAAUUUUGUUUCCCUAUAUUUUCAGUUUUCAUUUAUUCAAAUAGAUGGAAUCCAUAGUGUCUAUAGCUAGAAAGCAGCUUUAGUAACGGUUCAAGUAAAGUAACUCCAAGCUUCUACUAAUUCUUCAGUGCCGUCGGAACAAAAUUCAUAUUGGUGGGGGAGGGGCUGCCCAUUAUUUUCCUCCUCAUUCAGUACAAUGUUAUAAAGAAAACAUACUGCAGUUUGACAAUUAUUGGGGGCUCCAGCCCCCUGGUUGCGACGGGCCUGUUCUUCUGCAACUGACAUUUUCUUCGAUCGUUUCUAGGCGUCUUGAAAAUAGACUUAUUUCUGCCAUGAAAUUUUUUACAAGUUUCUAGAAAUAUCGUCAUAUAUAAGGCUCUUAAUUUCUUUGAUAAUUACGGAAGGCCUAUGUCAAGGACACUUUUAUGAAAAGGGUUAGUUUUGCCACCUUGCCCCUUCAUCAAAGGACAAGAGGGAAGGUUGCUCCCCACACCCCGCUCUUUCAAGCCCCUGAACAUUUUUUUGAAUAGAUAAAGUUAAGGAAAAUAUAUUUGUCAUGCUAAAAAGUCUUAAUGAGGUUGAUCAAACAGCUCUUUCAAGUAUGUCUUUCAGCUUUCAAUACCAUUUUCGUCCAAGACUGGUGCAGUCAUAAGAACUUAUAUUUAGAUUCCUUGAAUUUUGCUCCAUGGCAUGGAAGAACCCAAAAACUAUAUUUAAAUGGGAACAUGCCCCAAGUCAUGGUCAUACGAACACAGAUUCUUGCAACACAGUCAUUUGGCCCUGGUUCUGAAACUGAUGCACCUGAAAUGAAACUGAAUUGAGUUGAAAUGUAUAAUUGGCAGAAAUAUCU